AUGUCGACGAGAAAACUCAACGUGUUGGUCUAUACAGGCACUGGCACGACAAUCGCCUCGGUCCGCCAGUGCAUUUACACCCUCCGCCGUCUGCUCUCCCCCAACUACGCCGUCAUUCCCCUGACUGAGUCCGCUCUCCUCAAGGAGCCAUGGGCCCCCACAGCAGUCCUCCUCGUCGUCCCUGGAGGCGCCGAUCUUAACUACUGCCGCGUCCUCAACGGCACCGGCAACCGCAUCAUCGACGCCUUUGUUCGCCGCGGCGGUUCCUACCUUGGCUUCUGCGCAGGGGGGUAUUACGGCUGCGCGCGCUGUGAGUUCGAGGUUGGCCACCCGGAGAGGGGCAUGGAGGUCGUCGGGUCGCGGGAACUUGGCUUCUUCCUAGGCACGUGCAGGGGCGGUGCCUUUGCAGGGUUUCGGUAUGCGAGUGAGGUUGGGGCAAGGGCUGUGAGGCUGGAUGUGCGCAAGGAGGCCUUUGCUGGCGCUGGCGUGCUGCCAGAAAGCUUCAGGUCCUACUAUAAUGGGGGAGGAGUCUUUGUCGACGCGGGCAGGAUGGGCGAGGCUGGAGUCGAGGUACUGGCUAGCUACGAGGAGGAGCUCAAUGUGGACGGUGGUGAGGGCACUGCUGCGCUGGUAUAUUGCAAGGUGGGCGCAGGCGGUGUCAUUCUUACAGGUCCUCAUCCAGAAUUCGCGGCCGUUAAUCUCGAACCCCAUCCGGAUGUUGAAGGCUACGACGAGGUAAUAUCAGCCCUGGCGGAAGAUGACGAGCACCGGACCAACUUCCUCAAAGCCUGCCUGGCCAAGCUUGGUCUGGAAGUCAAUCAUGACAACACAUCCAUCCCUUCCCUCUCCAAGCUUUAUCUCUCCGCCCUCGAUCCCGAGGUAGUAGGCGGCCUCCUCACAUCUUUCGACACUAUCAUAGACAAAGACGGCAAAGGCCGAGAGCUCAUCCGAGGCGAAAACGAUACCUUCCUCAUCGAACGCCAAGACUCACGCUGGGAAGCUGUUGACGACCUGAGCUCAGCUCUAGAGUCCGCACAUAUUUCCACCAAGGACAGCGGGGCCGCAAAGAGCAGAUACGAUGCUGGUCAGGCUGCCGCUGUCGACGGCCUGGUCGACUAUAACAAAGUACUCAAGACGGUUGUGCCCCACGAGACUUCCUGGCCGGGGCCGAAAGAGACGCCCUACUUCAACCACGCAGACUACUACGCCUCGCUCCAGGAGUUCCGCCGCCGCGAGGCUGAGGCCUACGAGUGGGGUGAUACCCUCAUGUACGGCGAGGUGGUUACCAGUACCAACACCCUCCUUGAGAAGAACACCAGCCUCCUCGCGCAGCUCCCCACGGGGUUCACCAUGGCAGCCACCACCCAGAUCGCCGGCCGCGGCCGCGGCACCAACGUCUGGAUCGCCCCACCAGGGUGCAUGAUUUUCUCGACUGUCGUCAACCACCCAGCACACCUGGGCCAGGACCGCCCCGUCGUCUUCAUCCAGUAUCUAGCCGCCAUUGCCAUUGUUGAGGCUGUCCGCUCCUACGAUGGCCGACUCCGCGACGGCGCCUAUGCCGACAUCCCCAUCCGGCUCAAGUGGCCCAACGACGUGUACGCCCAAGACCCUGCCAACCCAUGGCGGGACACCGCCAAGAAGGUGCCCAACUUUGUCAAAAUCGGCGGGAUCCUGACCAACUGCGCAUACAGCGCCGGCAACUACCAGAUGGUUGUGGGCGUCGGCAUCAACACCACUAACGGACAGCCCACGACGUCGCUCGACGCGCUGUUGACCAGGUUCUCGCAGAGACACAACCUCCCCCCAUUUCGGAUCGAGAGGCUGCUCGCGCGGCUCCUCACGCGGUUCGAGUCGCUGUACAGGGACUUUGUCAGGAACGGCUUCACCAGGGAUAUGGAGGAGCGGUACUACGACGCGUGGCUGCACUCGGGACAGGUGGUCACGCUUGAGGCCGAGGGUGGUGUCACGGCUAAGGUUGUGGGCAUCACGAGGGAUUGGGGCUUGUUGAAGGCGCAGGAGCUGGGGAUUGAUGGGCGGGCCACUGGGAAGGUAUGGGCGCUGCAGAGUGAUGAGAACAGUUUCGAUUUCUGGAAGGGGUUGGUGAAGAGGAAGGUGUAG